GUACGACCACUCCCGUGUAGGAAUCUUGAUUGUCAUUUUCUAGUAUAACAGCUCCAGGAUGGCUUUAUUGGCAUAGGCGUGUUGUUGUUUUGUAGAAGACAGGUUUUCAGCACAAAAACCAAUCCUCAAUUGUCUGGUGCAGCGGUACCAGAAUAUCACUACUUGACCAGGAACAGACUAACAGAGAAACUCGACGUGACCGGGGAGGUCACGUCCACCCGGCCGGCCGGCCGGCCGGACCGUGACCGGGGGUAGAUCAUGUCCCGCGGCUGCUAUCCGGGCGCGGGCUGCGCCAGAUGUUAGUUUUAUUUGGUGCGCGGAGCAGAGCCGCUCCGGCUCCACCCGCAGUGCCCAUAAUCGAAAGCCUGGGUGGGCCUCAGGCUCCUGCAAAGUAGCUAGCGUUGCGGGGGCGGAUUUGAUUUAUGCAGUAGCUACUGUAGCGAGACACCGCUGGCAACCACUCGAAACACCCUGCCCACCCAUCCCACCCCAACCCAACCCCCACGCACGCGGCUGCGACUCCCCCGCCCCCGUCCGUUUCCCCGACUUUGCUUGCGCGCAAACGGAGAAAAGGGGCUGGGGGGAGCAAUGCACCGCGUUGCACCUUGGGCCAAAUGAAGUGUCUCGGUGCAGACUUCGUGGCGUUGCCACUUGGAUCCGCCUGAGCUCGGACGACGCGCCGCAUAUUGAGACCUGUGGCUCUCAGGUGCAGUGACCUGACCCCUAGCACUGAACGACUUUGGCUCAACAAGGUACAACGCCCCGACCUCCUGGCGCCCCCAUUCCCUUUUCGCUCUUCGCGCGAAGGGUGAAACGGGACCGGGGGUGGGAAGUCACGGCGCUGCGCAUUGAGCCAAAAAUGUCGCGACGCAGACUUCGCGUCUUUGCCACAGUCACAGGUCCGCGUCAAUAUCAUGCAGCAGGCCCAUGGGUGUCAGCAGGUCGGAUGCGUUGUAUGUUGAGCCCAGAACGAAGUCGUGGCUCCGCGGUUUAGUGAGCCGCACUCUACCACUGGACGACUUUGGCUCAAGGCACAGUGCCGCGACUCCAUCCUCAUUACGAUUACCCCUUUUCACCCUUCGUGCGCGCGAGGGGUAAAAAGGGUGGACGGAGGGUAGCAAGUCACGGCGUUGCGCCCUCGAUGCAGACUUCAGGCCGCUGCUACUUGUACUUGUUGCAGCAGUUCCAUCUCUAUGGUACAAUUUUUCUUCAGUUAUCUCGUGCAGCGGUACCAGAAUAUCACUACUUGACUUUAUAUCAAAGAAAAAAAGUUCGUCACGAUCACUCAUGCGCAUUCUUGCAAUACAAAAUUGUUUAUCAUGCGGAAAAAUGCAUCACAGCCAAACUUUAUUAGGGAUUUCCCUAGUGUUUCUGCAAUACAAGGAAAGUUUGUGAUGCUGAGAAAAUUUGUAAUGCAAAACCUGCAAGUUAGUGACUGUGACAAACUUUUUUCUCUCCAUAAUUUAUUUUCUCUUCCCAAAAAAUGUAGCGAUACCGAUAGACGUUGUUGUACCACAGAACUAUUAUGUGAAGAGCACGGGUCAUCAUCUAGUACUAGUUGUGCGGUAAUGAUCUUUGAAAUCGCCAUGUUGACACGACCGAAUAGCGCAAGUACAACUUCAAUGACAACGACAACUCCCAUGCCCUCCGAUUUUUUCUCAUCCUCUCGCUUGCGGAACAAGAUUUUCUCCUCCUCUGCCUACGGCCCGGUGAAGACAGCAACUACGCAUAUGAACAACUUCUAGACGAGAAACGACAAAAACAAGGAAACAACAUGGUGAUGCUCGAAGUUUCCGCUCUCCACGCCGUGAAACCGAUCUUCAUCGCCGGUGCGGGCACACUAUCCUGUGCAAAAGUAUCGUACUUGUAGUAAUCGCAGUCAUGCAUUACAAAUCUCCUUCCCAAGGCAAAUCAGCAUGACAAACUCCGUUUGUAAUGCUGAGCGAAUUUGUAUUGCAAUUACUACUAGUACGAUACUUCUGCAGUGCAUACACACUGAUCUUAAACCGCAGCGGGGUGGACUUAGCGACGUUGCCGGUCAUCGGCCCGUUAUUGGGGGACGAUAAUACGAGUAUUCUCCAGAAGCACAACGGCAAGGAUCAGCAUGGGGGUCAUGCUAGUAACACCAGUCCCGACGACGAGAAGAUGCUUUCCACAGCGCAGUACUUCCUGUGCUUUCUCCCCGGGAACAAAAUGCUAAAGAAACGUGGAUAUGCUGUGCAAAAGUAUCGUAUUCGUACAAAUGCAAGUCUUGCAUUACAAAUCUUUGUCUUAAGGCAAAUCCGCAUGACAAAUUUUAUUUCUCAUGCUGAGGAGAUUUGUGAUGCAUUUAUACGAAUACGAUACUUUUGCAGUUCAUAGUGGAAAUAUGAUCAACAGUGCCUGCGGCAUGAGCGGGCGAAACAUAUCAAAUGUAAAAAUGUCUGGGUCUGGAAACUUGUGAUGCUGUGUGGCAUAUCAUGAGGAGGCCACAAUUGCCGGCUCAGCAUGACAAGUUUCUGAGCUUCUAGGUGUUGCCUAUUCUGCGUGACAAACUACGUUUCUGCAUGACAGAAAAGUGGGGCUCUUUGGUAAUGUGCAUGACAGAUUUAAGACUCAUGCCAGAAAAGCAUGACAAACUUGCAUUCUUCCAGACCCAGACAUUUUUACAUUUGAUAAAACAGCGCUAGCGACAACUACAGAGAAGACGGCGCCACCGGCGGGGCAUCGCACAACCACCCACUAUUAUCAAAUGCAAAAGUGGUAUUUUCGUACUAGUUGCCAGCUUGGCCGCAUGACAGAUCCGCUUUUUUACCUGCCCCAGCAUGACAAGUUUUAUCUUUCCCUCUUGGAAUAUUAUUUGUCAAUACAAAUAGAGAUACUAAGUACGAUACUCACUUUGCGAUGCAUAACUACAUUCCAAAAAUGAUGACGACGACGCCUUUUCCUCUGACGACCCCCCGGAUCACCAGCGCUGGCUCGUGACGGGCAUUCUGAAAGGCAUGGGCGCGGUGGAUAUUUUACUCAUAUGAUAGUGCACAACUUCCCCUCCUCCUUAUUUUUAUAGCACGAACGGCAAUCCAAGCGUCAGCAAGAGUGGCAGUUUUGCAUGACAAACUUGCACAGGAGCGCAGUACUGUUUGGGCUUCCGGAGUUUGUCAUGCAAACACUCCCAAGAGGCACAGCCUGGAUUUCGCAUUUUGCAUGACAAAUGAGGGGGGUGGGAAGUUGUGCACUGUCAUAACUCGGUGCGGUGCUGCUGAAGUCCAUGUACCUGCCCAUUUAUCCUGUGCAAAAGUAUCGUACUCGUAGUAAUUGCAUUUAUGCAUUACAAAUCCACUUGUCAAAGUAAAUCACCAUUACAAAUUCAAUUUGUAAUGCUGGGGGAAUUUGUAAUGCAAUUUAUACUAGUACGAUACUUUUGCAUUGCAUAACAUUGACCAACCGCUGAAACUCUGGCUGGCCGGCGCCAUCGCGUUGGGGUUCCCGACGUCCAUUUUGGUGUCCCGGGUGGCGGAGAAGUUCGGGUUCCGGCAGGCGUUUUUAGUGGAAACGAUGGCAAACACCAUGUCCGCGGCGUGGCUGUCCUGGGGGAUGAUGAUGGCCAGUAAAACCACCGCGUUCAAAACCGCGCCAUUGCUGUUCUGGACGGUCUACAUCGCGUGCGUGACCAGUUGGAGUGUGAUCGGGACUUCGAUGUUGGGCUUGGUGUUGACGACCGUUGUGGCGAUCUUGUUCGGGAAAAAACGACCCCCGGCGGUGGGAGCGUGAGGUCGUGUUGGAGCAACUAGUAGAUUCAGUUGAACUAUCUGCAAAAGGUCGUACCACCAAGAAGGCAAACGAAAUUAUAUAAAGAGAGAGAGUUUGAUUUCAGAUGAAAGCGAUUAUUUAGAAGUGCCAAGCAACUACUACUAACUCACCCUAGUGAAUUGAAAUUACACUGCUAUCUGUAAACGUAUUCACUAGGCGGACGAGAGCAAGUCGUUUCUUUGGAUUACUCUAUUGCCUUUCAUCUUGAGCAACCACUUCUUGAGAACUAUGUACACUGACGUACUUCUUUUGCAGAGCUAGUGCAGCGCGACCUUGUUUUUGCGGAGAUAAAAACACCCCUCCGAUUUCGAUUUUACGAUUUGUUGAAAGCUCGUUUUGAUAAAUUUCUUGCGCAGAACUUGAACUUGGCUGGUAUUGAGCUUUUGCAAAAUCAUCUGAUAAGAUUUUACUACACUAAAAACGUGACCUGGUAUUUACCACUACGCAGAACUUGAAGUUGUGAAGUAGAAGAACUCUCGAUGAGCUUGAACUUUGUUAGCGAGCUUUUCUUUUCCC